UGAACACUGUGGAAAAAUGUUCAGUCUACAUAAUAAUUUCCGGAUGCAUUUAAGAAUACACACGGGGGAGAAGCCUUAUGAAUGUGAACAUUGCGGAAAAAAGUUUAACCGAAAUGGUAAUUUAAAAGUACAUUUGAGGGUUCACACUGGUGAAAAACCUUAUGAAUGUGAACAGUGUGGAAAGAAAUUUAGGGGAAGUGGUCAUUUGAAAUCACAUUUGAAUACGCAUAGAAAGAGAGUUCAGAAAAAUGCUGUGAAGGUACACGUAGAAAAGAAAGUUUAUGAAUGUGAACAUUGCGGAAAGAAGUUUUACCAAAAAUGUAAUAUAAAAGUGCAUUUGAGAAUUCACACCGGGGAAGCACCUUAUGAGUGUGAACGUUGUGGAAUGAGAUUUAAGCAAAGUUGUAAUUUGAAAAAACAUUUGGAGAGGCAUAAAAAGAGAGAUCAGAAAAGUUUUAAUUGGAAAAAUUAUCUGACAGCACACAAACAGGGGACAUCUUAUGAAUGUGAACAUUGUGGAAAGAAGUUUAGGCAAAGUAGUGAUUUGAAAAAACACUUGAGAAUUCACACCGGGGAGAAGCCUUAUGUAUGUGAACAUUGUGGAAGGAAGUUUAGGUUAAAUGCUCAAUUAAAAACGCAUUUGAGGACUCACACUGGGGAGACACCUUAUGAAUGUGAACAGUGUGGAAAGAAAUUUAGGCAAAGCUGUAAUUUGAAAAAACAUUUGAAGAUGCAUAGAAACUACGAAUGUAUACAGU